CGCAAGACCAGUCGGCUCUGCUUUCUACAAUGGAGUGCCUUUUUAACGGUACAAUGCGUUUCACCUACCAGAUAGAGGGAGUCCAAGCUGAAAGAUGAAGGGGAUAUGCUGAUGCCUGGCCAUCGGCAUCAAUUCAAACGUUUACUGUUCGCAGGCAGGGGGACAGAAAGAGAGAGACAAGUAAUAAAGCCGCAUUUUUCAUUUCAAACUCAUGAUGCGCGGCAGGGAGCAGUUGUAGAGAGAGGGUCGAGGAGUGGACAAUCUUUAACAGGUCCUAAGCGCACUUUUCAACACCCCCGUCCUCCGACAAGAAUAUGAUCCGGUCAAAUCAUAUGGACAUGCCUCAUUAUUCAAUGAACACUGUUUCUCACAACGCAUCGUUUACGCGCAGGAGUUAGCCGGCGCUUCGCCAAAUUUAAAAGGCUCUUGUCGUCCCACCUUCUGUGAAGCUGUCGGCGCUCCUUCUCACAUCCGGCGUUCGUUGGAGAGGUGGCAGUCACGCAGGGAUCCCUGAUCAGUGCCGACCAGAAGCGGAGCUGAAGCUGGCUUAACGGGGCUAAGCACACUGUCACGCUGUCUAAGAAACCACCCCCACCCACUGUCUGAGGUGACUGUCUGAGGUGGCCAUUUCAGUAAGCAGUAGUCAGUGAGGAGCGACAGCGAGAGGUCUCUUGAUCUUACCAGACAGGUUGCGCACCAGUAUGCAGUUGGUGUAUUAAGGAUGGAGGACUCUAGUUUAUGUCUUGGUGUGUCGUCAGUGGUACCUGACGCCGAUGCCCAUCUGAGCAGUGCAGUGUUAAAUGGCCGUUAUCCGAUCAGUCAGAAGCUUCACCAGCUCACUGCCCAGCUAGGACACGCCUUUCCGGACCUGCACCGCCCACAACAGAUUCCAGAAGAAAAAGCAGCAACACCUUUGGAUGAGAAGACACACCACGCAGCCCUGGCCAGUCAACCUAUCAGCAGUCAGAUGGCCCUGCUAGCCAAUCAACUCAACCGAGACAUUGAUGCAGGGGCACUAAGUGGGCUGAACGGACGAGUUGACCUGCAGCAGUUUCUUAAUGGGCAGAACUUGGGCAUCAUGUCCCAGAUGAAUGAUAUUGAAGAUGAUGCACGCAAGAAUAGGAAGUAUCCCUGUCCAUUGUGUGGCAAGCGCUUCCGUUUUAACAGCAUCCUAUCACUGCACAUGCGCACACACACAGGAGAGAAGCCAUUCAAGUGUCCCUACUGUGACCACAGAGCGGCUCAAAAGGGCAACUUGAAGAUCCAUCUCCGCACCCACAAACUGGGGAAUCUUGGUAAAGGCCGUGGCCGUGUCCGAGAGGAGAACAGGCUGCUGCAUGAGCUUGAGGAGAGGGCCAUCCUGAGGGAUAAGCAAAUGAGAGGGAGUGGUAGUCUCCUCCAGACAGCUCAAACACCCCACCUGGGCAUCAAUAGCAGCUCUAACACCCAUCAGCAGCAAUUGAGUUCAGCUUGUGGCCCCCCUCCACCCUCUGGUCUUGCCACUCCAGACCCAGUUUCCCAACCUUCUUCUUCACCCAAGCCGGCUGGCACCCAAGAUGAACAGUCCCUGAACCCAACCACAGGCUUCCGUUGUACCUUCUGCAAAGGGAAGUUCAAGAAGCGUGAGGAGCUGGACCGCCACAUCCGCAUACUCCACAAGCCCUACAAAUGUACUCUGUGUGAGUUUGCUGCCUCUCAUGAAGAGGAACUGAUAAGUCAUGUGGAAAAGGCUCACAUCACAGCCGAGACCACACAGGGCCAGGGUGGUGGUGGAUCUGGUGGCACACAGAUGGCCACUGAAUUUCGCUGUGAUGUGUGUGGCCAGGUGUUCAGUCAAGCUUGGUUCCUCAAGGGUCACAUGCGAAAACAUAAGGACUCCUUUGAACACUGCUGCCAAAUCUGCGGCCGUCGCUUCAAGGAACCCUGGUUUCUCAAGAAUCAUAUGAAGGUGCAUCUGAACAAGCUGGCCAUCAAGAGCAAGCCACCCCAGCCCAGUGAGCAGGACAUGGCUGCCGUCAAUAGCAUGAGCAAUCUGGCUCAGGAAGCUCAUGCCAACCUUUAUUCCCGCUACAUCUCCUGUCUGCAGGGAGGCUUCCUUUCACCAGACAAACAGGGCCUAAGUGAGCAGCACCAGAUGUUGGCUAAAGCAGGGAUAGCCAUGAAGGAAAAGGAGAUGCUAGGGAAGCUGCUCGGACCGAUGGCAGGAGGUAUGGGCCAUGGGCUGGGUGAAAACGAGAAGCGCUCAAUCCUUGGUUGUCUCAGCCUUGUGCCCCCACUCAAGUCGAGCUGCAUGGAGCGCCUCCAGGCAGCUGCAAAAGUGGCAGAGAUGGACUCCCUCAAUAGCUACCAAGCCUGGCAGAUAAUGGCUCGUGGCAUGGCUAUGGACAGGGCUUUCAUGCCGAAGGAUCAGCAGCAGCACCAGCACCAUAUACCCCCAGGGCAAGAAGAUGAGAUUGGUGGUGCGGGGUCUUUGGCAUCCUUCUCAAAGGAUAAACAAGACUACUCCUUGAUUGCUUCCAGUGAUUGCUCCAAGCAGAAGCAGCUCUCUGAGGCCUUGCAGGGAUCGAAGCCCUCUAGUGGACCCAUGAUGUCCAUGAAGGAGGACGGAAGAGGCUUUGACAGUAAUCGUGACCUAAUGUCUCACCAUGGUAGUGCUGAGGCUCCUGGAGCCUUGGCUGGCUUAGGAAGCCCAAACAUUGAUUAUGGCCUUUCCAGUCUGUCCAGCCUGAAGGACAAGCCUUCAGAGUGCCCUGACUGUGGCCGAGUCUUCAGAACCUACCAUCAAAUGGUAGUCCACUCCCGAAUCCAUGGUAAAGACAGGAGAGGCAUUGAGGAAGCACUUCAGCAAGGUCUUGAUGAACGUCGUGGAUCAGCCAGUGACCCUGAGUCCCAGUCCAUCAGCCGCUCCACCACUCCUGGUUCAUCCAACGUGACAGAAGAGAGCGGUGCUGGCGGAGGGCAGUCCCAGACAGGAAGCAUCCAGGACGACAGCCCACAUCCCUCUUCACCAUCUUCAGAUGUUGGGGAGGACUUGGGGAAGGCAGCGGGGAGCAUUCAGCCGCCUCUGUCCCAGCAUCGUGAGCGGUGUCUAGGCACAUCCUCCAAGGAUUGCCCGUACUGUGGCAAGUCCUUCCGCACCUCCCAUCAUCUCAAAGUCCAUCUGCGAAUACACACAGGAGAGAAACCCUACCGUUGCCCUCAUUGUGACUAUGCUGGCACCCAGUCUGCCAGUCUGAAGUACCACCUGGAGCGCCACCAUCGCGAACGUCAAAAUGGCUCCACUACGUCAGGCCCAUCCUCUGGCCACACCCCUUCUUCUGACCACAAAGAAGAUCAUGGGAAGACAGGUGGUGGCAUCUUUGCCCGACCAGAUGUCCUCCGUAAUGUUUUCAAGGGCAUGCCUCCUAACCUCGACUUCAGGGCAGGACCAUUGCUGCCACAUCAGUGGGCGUCAGCUGGAAUGAUGUCUUCACACGACCGAGAUCGUGAGCGUGAUCGUGGGGACCGCCGUUUUGACUCUUCUUCCUCAACUGAGAACAUGAAGUCUGCCGAUGGCCCAUCCUCCAUGGUUUCAACCGCAACUGAUAGUGCUGCCAGCUUCUCCGACCUAAGCAGGGCUUACCAAAGCAUGAUGGGAAAUGGAGUCCACUUUCAAGGUUCUCUCCAGGCUUUUAUGGACAGCUUUGUCCUCAGCUCCUUGAAGAAAGAUAUUAAGGACAACCAGAGUCCAGCCCAACUCCAGGCCCAGCGCUACCAUGAUAAUGGAGAGCCCAAAGCCAAGCGGGCAGUCUCAGGUGGCCAGGACAGAGAAGAUAAGCCUGAAGCCAAACAGAACUCUGGGACUGGCAAACCUGGGUCCCAGUAUGAACCACUUGAUCUGUCUGUAUCAGUCCGGCCAGAGUCUGCAUCCGGAUCUCUCCCUGGCUCUUCAGUCACCAUUCAUGAUAAUGUGGCAUGGCAUGGCUGCCUCUUCUGCUCCUUCUCUACUUCCUCAUUGGAGCUCAUGGCUCUGCACCUCCAGGCCAAUCAUUUGGGUAAGGCCCAGCUGCAGCGGUCUGAUACAGGCAAGGAGCUUCAACGAGAGGGUUCUCCCACCACCUCCACUAUUCACUCCUCCAACACCAAGACCUCUGGUGUGGCCCUUGACAAAGAUGGGGACCGAGAUGGUGAUAAAAGCCAAGGAAGCUGGAACAACCACAUGGACCCGCCAUAUAACCCCUUCCAGAGUGACUUCUACAGGAGGUUUGGUGGCUUGUAUGAUGGAUCCCCAAGGGCCAAUCAGGGAAUUCAAGGGUAUAUAGCCCAAGCAGAGCAAGGUCUGGACCUACCUAGCCAGGCCUUCGGAGGGGCAUCUUCAGCUGCUGAUGACCAUAUCGGUGAGAGGGGCUCCUGUGGAGAUGCUGAAGAUGACCAUGUUGGAUCAGAUGACGAGGCUAUAAAGGCUGGGGUGCACAGUUCCAGUGAGACCCCCUCUACCACUCCCAAGAGACAGCAACAACAGAAUAAUUCUGAUGAAGAGGAAGAUGAGGGAGGAGUGGCAGAAGAAGAGGAGGAAAGACAUGAGGAUGGGCAAAUGGACAUGGACAGAGAGGAAGGAGGAAGUCCAGCUUCAGACCACCUCCAGAGUCACCCCAAGCUGCUCCAAGAUGACUCCUGCCUGCCCCCAAGGAGUGGAGCUGGCUUGGCGACGUCUUCCUCCACCAUGGCACCGCUCUCUAUGGUUCCCCAACCGCAGAACCAAACUCUGGAGAAGCAGUGGCAGCAAGGCCUGGGCAUCCUGCCUCCCGGAGGUCCUCCAGGACUGUUGAAGGCUGAGCAGCAGACCCACCCAGAACAGCAAAUGAACAUGCUGUCUGUCCUCAGAGCCUACAGCAAUGACAACCUCCCUGCAUUCAACGGCCUGGGAGGUGGAGCAGGAGGCGCACCUCUAGGGGGCAUGAAGAGAUCAGAUGCACCUGUGCAUCUGUGGGUAGGAGAGGAGGACCAGCCCAUGACCCAUGACCCCGCGUUGACCCACGACCCCAACCAUCUUAACAACGACCUUAACCACCCUAACAACCAUAACGUAGGCAACCCCAAGGGGCAGGACGCCCACGCUGUAAACAAAGACUAACGACCCACACCGGAGCAAGGCAGAAUGAUGAGGAUGAUGGUGAUGAUGAAGGCGAUGAUGAUGAUGAUGAUGAUGAUGAUGAUGAUGUGGAGCAGGAUGAAGGUUAAAUGAAGGAAUACACUAUAACAAAGACUUUAUUUAAGAUGAAAAAAAACAAAACAGAAAAAAACACAUACUACCGUCAGAGUCAAGAGAAGGUGAGAAAACGAUGCGAUGGAAAGUUUGGGACAGUUUCCUUUGGGGAUGGAUUUGCGAGAUGGACCUAAUGACUUUUGCAAGCAUCCUUGGACACUAAACAAAGUGACAGCAACCUUCCUGUUUUGUCUCCUGUGGUCUGAAUGCCCCUUGUCUUUGUUGUCUUAUCUCUUACACAUUUUUUUGUUUUGUUUUGUUUUCUUUUGAUGAAACUACCUGUCUGAUUAGCACUUCUUGUAACUGGCCGUGCAAUUUCUGAUACAUUCCUUGAGCUAGAAAGAUAUGUCUUUUUAAAUUAGGACUAAAGUGUAGUGCUUAAUUAAAUGCUUUUCUCUCCUGUUCAAUGAAGAAGAUAGUCAUUUCACAAGUCCACAGACCACAAGUAUGUUGUACCUUGUAGAAUGUAUUCUACUACGGAAUAGAAACUGUUGACAGAGACCAAGCACAUUGCUGUCAAACCAGCCACUUGUGGCUCACAUAGACUCACUAGUUCUGCCCUGCGGCCAUGCAUCACUCUGGUUAUAGUUAACAAAGGACAGGGCAACAUUAAAUAACCUACAACACGUUUGUUUCCAGAUAUAGUAUGGUAUUGCUGGUAUGAAAACAUACCCAUAGUUGACUUUUGAUGAUGGUGGUGUGAAUAAUGAUUGUGAAGAAGACAGAACAUUCAAACUGCCCUAAAUGUAAUCAUAAUAUUAUACCCCCAGGCCUUCACCCCUUUACAGUAUAUCCCUUUGUCUUUUUUCUUGUUCUGUAUCAUUCAACACAGCUCCCAUAGAUGCUUAAUGUACAUAGAGAGAUAUACAGUAGCUGAAAAAGUGAAAACAAAAGUUUUAAAAACAUUUGUGAUGAGGAAAAGCAAAGAAGUCACAGUAGUUUACAUGGCCACAGUCUCAAAUGCUAGGCAUUCUGCUCGAGUUUGAAAGAGAGGAAUUUAAAAAAAAAAGAAAAAAUGAGAAAAAUCUCAAAAACAAAAAAGCGGGAACAGUUUCUUUCUUUAUAACCCUACACCCCCUUUCUCUUCAUCUCUUAUGUCAACCUCAAGGACUCUAGCAUUGCAAAUGUUUGUAAAAUACUGCCACCAAUCAUUGUUGCACAGUGUUACUGACUACUGAAAAUGGUUUGAUGUAUUUACUUUAAGAUGAGAAAAAAAAUAACAUAAAACUGGAAAAAAGACAUAUUGUGUAUAGCCUUAGAUACAAGUCAUCUGUUAUUGCUUCUACAAAGCUAUGUAGCUGUGCUAGACCGUAGGACGUAGGGUUGAUUUUAUUUUUAAUUUUUAUAUGUACUGUACAUUAAUGCCUUGUCCAUUUACUGAUCAAAAAAAAAAAAAGAGGAAAAAGAUGACAAUCGUCUCCUGUGCUGCAAACAUAUUUGCCCCCAUAUAUACAGAAUCCAUUAUGCAUAGAAGGACUUAUCCUUUCUUAUUUCUUUCAUUUGUUUUGAUUCUCAGAAGUAUUUUGCACUGUGAUAGUAUUAUAAAUCCAACCUAUACAGUACAAAACUAGCUAACUAACUAAAAUGAAGGUGUGUGUUUGUGUGUCCCUUGGCAUUGUGAAAUGUUUCUACGUCAUUUUUUGUGAACCCAGAGAAAAAGUCUAAUGCGGUAUGUACAGUCCAAAUAUACUUCUUUUUUUUUUAGUUUGAUCAACCUCUAUACUGUAUGUGGCUUUGACAAAUUGUUACUCAGAUUUCUUUUGUAUGCUAAUCUCCUUCUGACCUACAGCGCGGGCCUGUUACUGCUUUAGCCUGGGUGAUUUUCAGUGCUCAAAUUCCAACUUGAGAAGACUUUGCUGCAGUACAGCCUCUUUUUUUAACCACUUUAAUUUGAUGUAUGUAGAUUGCAAUUAACCAUUCUUGCAAUUUCAAAAUGCCAGGCAAAGAGGGGAUUUAAAAUUAAAAUAAUAAGAGUGAGACAUAUGAAAAGUGAGAAGUAAUGGUUUUUGGGGGUUUGGAAAUGGGGUCUAAGUAAACAUCUAAGAUGUAUCCUGCUGGAGGCACUGACCAAUGGCUUUGACUUCUGACCCUAUCUCUGUUUCCAGGGGUGUAAAGAUGAGAGAUAAAUGGUGAGAGUUGAACUUGGGCUCUCUCCUUCUCUGAACCAGCUAAAAUGAUCAUUCCACCCCUACAUAUUAUGUACAAAACCUGUCUUGUGAGCUGAACACUCUUUAUGUUUUGCUGUAUCCUCAUGGCAGAUGCUUCGUUUUGUAACUACUGAACUGUACUUAUAAUAAAAAUAAAAUGUAUUCAAACUAAAAAAAAAAAAAAAAAAAAAAA